CUAACAAAUAAGGCAGUCUAAAAACUCCAGGCAUCCCUUUCCGUAAGGACCCGGACUGUUGAACCGAAAGCUAAAAUUCAAGACGUGACAAUUGCCCUUUGUCCCACAUUCUCCCACCGGUCGCCUGCUUAUUUAAAUGGUGCGUCCCCUCGGGUACCACUGGAACAAAAUUUGCGCGGAGCGCUCCCUGUGUAGAUUCGUUGGAAGCAGCUGGAGGCUCCAGUUCUCAUCUGCUCAGGUGUCCCUGGCGCCUUGACGAACUCGACCUCUCCAGUUCCUCACCUGGUGAGCCCUCAGGACAGCGGACUGAUUUUCCGAGGUCCCAGAACUCGAUUUGAGGGGCGCGGCUCGCAGCGGCGGGUGUAGGGGCGACUGCCAGCCCUCACCCCGCCUCAGGGUGCGUUCGGAGGCCGACACCUGGCGGACACCUCCCCGCCGGACGCCACGCCUGCGCGCCGGGGAUCUGGGAUAAGAAGUGCGCGCCUGGCUUGGGCUGCGCGCCGCUGGGACACCAGUUUGCGCGCAGGGCUCAGGCGGCCGUGCGGCCAUGGACAUGCCGCGGGGCAUUGGCACCUUCGUGGUGUGGGACUACGUGGUGUUCGCGGGCAUGCUGGUCAUCUCGGCCGCCAUCGGCAUCUACUACGCCUUCGCUGGGGGCGGCCAGCAGACCUCCAAGGAUUUCCUAAUGGGCGGCCGCAGAAUGACGGCUGUGCCCGUGGCGCUGUCCCUCACCGCUAGCUUCAUGUCGGCCGUCACCGUCCUGGGCACCCCCUCCGAGGUCUACCGUUUUGGGGCCAUUUUUAGCAUCUUUGCCUUCACCUACUUCUUUGUAGUGGUCAUCAGCGCGGAGGUCUUCCUCCCGGUGUUCUACAAACUGGGAAUUACCAGCACCUACGAGUAUUUAGAACUUCGAUUUAACAAAUGUGUUCGUCUUUGUGGAACAGUCCUCUUCAUUGUUCAAACAAUUCUGUAUACUGGAAUUGUUAUUUAUGCCCCUGCCCUGGCUUUGAAUCAAGUCACAGGAUUUGAUCUGUGGGGCGCGGUGGUGGCAACAGGGGUGGUCUGCACAUUCUACUGCACACUGGGUGGUCUUAAAGCAGUCAUCUGGACAGAUGUUUUUCAAGUUGGGAUCAUGGUGGCUGGAUUUGCAUCCGUGAUUAUACAGGCUGCGGUGAUUCAAGGUGGAAUCAGCACUAUUUUAAAUGAUGCCUAUAAUGGUGGAAGAUUAAAUUUCUGGAAUUUUAAUCCUAACCCUUUGCAAAGACACACCUUCUGGACAAUUAUUAUAGGAGGGACCUUCACAUGGAGCAGCAUCUACGGUGUCAACCAAUCCCAGGUGCAGAGAUAUAUUUCUUGUAAAAGCAGAUUCCAAGCAAAAUUGUCUCUCUACAUCAAUCUUGUGGGACUCUGGGCAAUCCUCACGUGCUCAGUGUUUUGUGGGCUCGCCCUGUAUUCUAGGUACCGUGACUGUGAUCCUUGGACAGCCAAGAAAGUGUCUGCACCAGACCAGCUCAUGCCUUAUUUGGUACUGGACAUUCUGCAAGAUUAUCCAGGACUUCCUGGACUUUUUGUGGCCUGUGCUUACAGUGGGACGUUAAGCACAGUGUCCUCCAGUAUUAAUGCCUUAGCAGCAGUAACUGUGGAAGAUCUAAUCAAACCUUACUUCAGAUCGCUCUCAGAAAGGUCUCUGUCUUGGAUUUCCCAAGGAAUGAGUGUGGUAUAUGGAGCCCUAUGUAUUGGAAUGGCUGCGCUGGCAUCACUUAUGGGAGCUUUGUUGCAGGCAGCACUCAGCAUAUUUGGUAUGGUUGGUGGACCACUUAUGGGCCUGUUCGCUUUGGGCAUUUUGGUUCCCUUUGCCAACUCAAUUGGAGCACUUGUUGGUCUGAUGGCUGGAUUUGCUACUUCUCUGUGGGUUGGAAUUGGAGCGCAAAUGUAUCCUCCACUUCCUGAGAGAACGUCGCCGUUGCAGCUUGAUAUCCAAGGCUGUAACAGCACAUACAACGAGACAAAUUUGAUGACAACCACAGAAAUGCCAUUUACUACUAGUGCUUUUCAAAUACACAAUGUUCAAAGGACUCCACUGAUGGAUAGCUGGUAUUCUUUAUCAUAUCUGUACUUCAGCACUGUUGGAACUUUGGUAACAUUAUUAGUGGGGAUACUUGUCAGUUUACCAACAGGAGGAAGAAAACAGAACUUAGACCCCAGAUAUAUACUAACCAAAGAGGACUUUUUAUCCAAUUUUGAUAUUUUUAAGAAAAAGAAGCAUGUUUUAAACUAUAAGUCGCAUCCAGUGGAAGAUGGUGGAACUGAUAAUCCUGCUUUCAACCACAUUGAAUUGAACUUCUCAGAUCAGAGUGGCAAGAGCAAUGGGACUCGUUUGUGAAGCAGCUCUGAUAUUAGAUGCCCUUAAAUGAUGUUUCAAUUUUAUAUGUUUUCUAAGAUAAUUGGAUCAGGUUUUCUUUGUGUGUGUGUAUUGUAUCAUGAGUGUUUGGGGGAUAAGGUUUUGUUAAAACAAAGUCUGGACUAUCUUCACUUACUACAUCAUUAAUUGAUGUUACUCUGGAGUUUAGAAUUUUGGCAUUGACAUUUCCCUCUCUUUCCUUUAUUUCAAUGAAGCUGUAAUUGUGAAAAUUAUAACUACAUAGACGCUGAAAGGCUAUGCACAUAUGAACAUGU